CGCCGGAGUAGAGAUAAUGGGCGAAGGCAGGCUCUGAAGAAUGGAUGCCGCGUGGGCGGGGAUGCCUGAGCCUUGGAUGACGCUUCCAUGACGGAUCAGUGACCGGCGCUCGUCCCCGCGGAGACAGGCGGCGCGCGCUCCCGGUGACCGCGCAUCCCCACCGACGCGGGCAUGAGUGGGACAGCAGGGACAGCGGGGGGUCUCUGCUGGCUUUGAACACACAAGACACAACACACCUAACAAACACGCCAGCCGGGUCGCGCGCGACAAUGGCGCACUUAGCAGUUCAUCUGCAGAUCCUCCUGGGAGUGGGUCUCGCUGUCUUCUGCUUCUCUCUUAUUCUCGGCUGCUAUUUGUGCUGGCGCCGCAUGAGGCCCCUCCCACCUGCGGACAAGCAGCCCGCGGAGCCGCCUCCCCCCAUCACAGCCGCGCUAAGCAUCUUCCCUUCAGCGGGCACCGUCCCUGUGUGGCAGCAGUACGAGGGACUGGAUGGGGUGGUGCUGGACCACCCGGCCCCUGUCAGCCGUCCUUUACCUUCCCAGGACAACCCAACAGCAUUGCCUUUUGGGAUGCGACCCCAUGCCACCUCUGAACUGGGCCCACAGCCAGGCUGUUUCCUCCCACUGCGGCGGCUCAGCUCCCCUGCGGCCUCCUGCUCUGCCCUCAAACCUCAGUCCUACACCCGGGCCUCCCUGCCCUCCAUCCCAAAGCUGGGCCUGGUCUCCAGGACGCACCGGGCCCUGGAGCGGCGCAGCACUGUAGCUGGUGAUGCUUUUCUAUGUGGCGAGCAGAGCCGGCUCACAGGUCCCGCUUCUCGCACCCGGUCCUCAUACCUUUCGCUGGAGUCGUCCACCCUCCCCGAGGCUGUCCCAUCCCCCCGGUCUAGCAAGCUCUCCACCUGCCUACACUUCACCUUGCUCUACUCCCCGACGCGGGGCACCCUGACGGUCACCACGCUUGGCCUGUCAGGAAGCAGCCGGCGACUGGGCGGAGCCUAUGUGCGCGCCACCCUGCCGCCGCUCUGCCCCACCCCUGUGCAGCCAUCCGCCCGCAGGAGGAGCCUCAGUCCCGAGCUACAUCGCCAGAUCGUGGUGCUGCCCGUGAGUUCGGUGGAGCAGCUUCGCACCUGCACCCUGCAGUUGGCCGUCCUGCACCGUGACUUCUCUGGCUUCAGGGAGACAGUGCUGGGUCAGCUGGAGAUGCUGUGCGCGGAGGUGGACUGGGAGCCUGACCAGAGCAUCACCUGCAGCAAGGAGCUCAGCCCUGCCCGGGGCAAACUGAAGAAGAGCCAGAGUUCCCAAGAUGCCUUGGGUCAAGGGGCCUUGGCACAACGCUCUUUGGGCCAGCUGUACAUCCUGCUGCAGUAUCAAACUCCAGCCCACCGCAUCAAGGUCAUGGUACGCAAGGCGGAGAGCCUCGCCCGACUCAGCCGCAUGCCAGGAUCCCCAGAUCACUACGUUGUGAUCAACCUGCGCCACAAUGGGGUGGUGAUCAGCACCAAGGAGACCAAAGGGGCGACUGGCUAUAGCGCAGUGUGGAACGCCCCCUUCCUGUUUGACCUGCCUCAAGGGGACAUAUCCCAGCUCUCCCUGCUCCUGGAGUUCAUAAUCAUGCAGGGUCGUAUCUAUACGAAGAACAGUGUUCUGGGCCAUGUCCUAAUCGGCAACGAGGCUCCAGAGCCAGGGCUGGGGCACUGGAGGGAAAUGUGCCACCGGAGGCAAAUGGAGACAGCACAUUGGCAUGCCAUCCAGCCAAAGUCGUUCCCUCAGGGAGAGGAAAUUUGACCUCUGACUCGAAGCUCUACCAAACCAAACUUGGCCAAGGCAGAGAGAGAAGACCAAGAGCAACAUUAUCCUUCUGUGUGUUCUGACACACCUCACCCUUGCCCAGCCGUUCCCAAAUAGUUAAGGCUUCUCUGAAACAGCUCACUGACUGCAGUAGGUAGAUGCCAAUAUGGUUGUGUCUCCAUCACUUGGAGAUCCACUGUGGUUCCCCCAGCCACCAGAGUUUUUAUUUGGAUGAACACCUGUGUGAGGCAGACAGAUGUGACGGUGAGAACAGAGUGUGUUCCAAACCCUGUUGUAGUCAACCACGUCCUAUCUUUUCACAGCAUGUCGUUCCAUCCAUUUAUCUCAUCUGCUUAUGGACGGUCAUAGUUACUACAAAAUGUCUACAGUGUCACUGCUGAGACCCUCAGAGUUGGUGUGUUCUUUUCUUUCCUCCUACCAGCAAUACCUGCUGUGCUUGUGUGACAGUGACUCUGAAACUGUAGCUUAAAAUAGUAAUCCUGUACAUAAACGUACUGCACAUAAUUCAUAUGUCCCAUAGAUGUAUUAUAGAGUCCCUUCAAGGAACGUAACUCCUUGUCAUGCCUCUCUUUUGAAGGGUCAUUUCCUGUGACAGUGACUGAGAUAUGCAAAAUUGUUCCGAAUCACUUCUUCUGAAAUGACCUUGAUAUACUCAAAACCAAUGCUGUUCUGCUCCCCUUGUGCAGAAACAAUCUCCAAUCCAUCAUUGUUUCCCUUGAAACCUACAAUUAAAUCUUUGCACUGUCCAAAUGUUCCCACAACUGCCCUGAUUUCAUGUUUUAUUACCGCUGAUGCUCUUCUAAAUGUGAUGCUGUGAGUUCCUGAAGUUCUUGUGAGCUUGUGUUUCUUGUUUAGGGCUUUCAAACAGAUGAAAAUAGCAGCUGAAAGUCGUCUUGUUCUUUCAUGAGAUAUCUCAAAAUUAAAAAGGCCGG